GAGAACGAGAGGAAGGGAGGGGCUCUUAACGGUGGCUGCUGGGCUCUGCGCCGGAUCUGGGAGAGGGGCUGGCGCCAUUGUGCUUCGUGUCGGACUGCUAGGGCUUCAGCUUAGACUAGGCGGACUGCUCCCGAAGAGCAAAAGGCGGCCGUGUGGUGACCGCGAGCAGCACGGACCCCGCUUGCUCGGUGCCAGCUCGGGAGGAAGGGUAAUGGAAAUCCUAAGAAUGGAUUCUAAACCUUCCAGGAUUCCAAGAAGAAUUUCUGUUCAACCAUCUGGCUCUUUAAGUACUAGGAUGAUGUCUGGAAGCAGAGGAAAUAGUUUAAAUGAUACCUAUCAUUCUAGAGAUUCUUCGUUUAGAUUGGAUUCUGAAUAUCAGUCUACAUCUGCAUCUGCAUCUGCAUCCCCAUUUCAGCCUACAUGGUAUAGUGAAUCUGAGAUAACUCAGGGAGCACGCGCCAGAUCACAAAACCAGCAACGGGAUCAUGAUUCAAAAAGACCUAAACUUUCCUGUACAAACUGUACUUCUACCUCAGCUGGGAGAAAUAUUGGAAGUGGUGUAAAUGCCGUGUCAGAUUCUUCUUGGAGGCAUAGUCAAGUUCCCAGAUCUUCAUCAAUGGUACUUGGUUCAUUUGAAACAGAGUUUAUGAGAGAAAGGAGAGAUUUGGAGAGGAGAACAGAUUCUUCCAUUAGUAAUCUUAUGGAUUAUAAUCACCGAAGUGGUGAUUUCACAACUUCACCAUAUGUUCAAGAAAGAGUUCCUUCUUCAUAUUCACAGGGAGCAAGACCAAAAGAGAACUCAGUGAGCACUUUACAGUUGAAUUCAUCAGCCACAAACCACCAAUUGCCUUCUGAAUAUCAGACAGUACCAAGUUCUAGGGACUCCAGAAAUUCUUUCAGAUCAAAUUUUUCUUCAAGACAAUCAGAAUCUUUCCGCAGCAGUACACACCCUGGAUUUUAUAUGUCAAGUAGAGAUGAAACCCCAACUAUAAGCAAUUCAGAAAGGGUUAGUCCAUCUCAAAGAUCAUUUCAAGAAUCUUCUGAGAAUGAAGGUAGGCGUACAACCAGGAGAUUAUUGUCACGUAUAGCUUCUAGUAUGUCCUCUACUUUCUUCUCAAGAAGAUCUAGUCAAGAUUCCUUGAGUACAAGAUCCUUGCAUUCUGAAAAUUCUUUUAUUUCUCCAAGAAUCUUGACAGCUUCACAGUCUCGGAGUAAUGGAACAUCAACUUCAGAAGCUAAUGAUAGUAGGCCAUCUGAAGCUACUCAGGGAUUUAGAUUUCUUAGACGACGAUGGGGUUUGUCAUCUCUUAGUCAGAACCAUAGCUCUGAACCAGAUUCAGAAAAUUUCAACCAAGAAUCUGAAGGUAGAAGUACAGGACCGUGGUUGUCUUCCUCACUUAGGAAUAGAUGCACACCCUUGUUCUCUAGAAGGAGGCGUGAGGGAAGAGAUGAGUCCUCAAGGAUAUCUACCGCUGAUGUCCCAUCUAGAUCUCAUAUUUUUAGAAGAGAAUCAAAUGAAGUAGUUCACCUUGAAGCACAGAGUGAUCCCCUUGGGGCUACUGCUAACAGACCACAAGCAUCUGGAGCAUCAAGCAGUGCCUCUAUAGGUGGCUCCACGCCAGAUUUGGCUCAGGGUGGGAGAAAUCCAGGAAUAACAGGGAUUCUUCCUGGUUCCUUGUUCCGCUUUGCAGUACCCCCAGCACUUGGAAGUAAUUUGACUGACAAUGUCAUGAUCACUGUAGAUAUUAUUCCUUCGGGUUGGAAUUCAGCUGAUGGAAAAAGUGAUAAAACUAAAAAUGCACCUUCAAGAGAUCCAGAAAGACUUCAGAAAAUAAAAGAGAGCCUUCUCUUAGAAGACUCUGAAGAAGAAGAAGGUGACUUAUGUAGAAUAUGUCAGAUGGCAGCUGCCUCCUCAUCUAACUUGCUGAUAGAGCCAUGUAAAUGCACAGGAAGUCUGCAGUAUGUUCAUCAGGAAUGUAUGAAAAAGUGGUUACAAGCCAAAAUUAAUUCUGGUUCUUCAUUAGAGGCUGUAACCACAUGUGAACUCUGUAAAGAGAAGCUACAACUUAACCUGGAGGAUUUUGAUAUUCAUGAACUACAUAGAGCUCAUGCAAAUGAACAAGCUGAGUAUGAGUUUAUCAGCUCUGGUCUCUACCUAGUUGUGUUGCUGCACUUAUGUGAACAAAGCUUUUCUGAUAUGAUGGGAAAUACAAAUGAACCAAGCACACGUGUCCGAUUUAUUAACCUUGCAAGAACUCUUCAGGCACAUAUGGAAGAUCUCGAAACGGUAAUAAGCCAGAUUCUACUCAGCUUCAGAGGAUGAUUCUGAAGAAGAUGGAGAACAUAACAGAACAUUUGAUAUUGCCUAACUUCAUUUAAGACAAAUGGAUCUGUGAACAUGUUUAUUAAAACUGGCAAUUGAGUAUGAAUAAUUUUGUGAGGGAAUGCCUGUUAUUUUGACUAUAUAAAAAAUGAAUAUAUAUACAUACAUGUAUAAAUGUAAAUAUAUAUUCAUUCUUAAGUGUUGCUGAAUUAAAAUUCUGUGGCUGGACCUCUCAAACAUUCGCCAGCAAGUCUGUUCAUAAUAUGUAAUCCAAUCUAGGUGAAUGGGAAAGCAUUACUCUUGAUUUAAAUAAGCAAUGCCCAUGAGCCCUUUUUUUGUGUUAUGAUUACUGUAGUCAUAUUUAUGGAAAAAAUGUUUGUGUUUUAGUCUCUUGCUAGUGAGAAAAGUGAGACAAAAUGUACUUUGAAAUAACGUGCCAAAUGGCACCUAAUUAGUUUUUCUUUUAAAUGCCUUACAAAAUGCAGUCACAUUUUGCUAAUCAUUUACUUCCAGUGUUUUUAAGUUAUAAAAUAAUAAAAAAGGGGGAGGAACUUUUGGAGAGCACGAUUAUAUUAGGUUUCCAAAUUUGAUUUGAAUUCUAAACACUCAGCAAUAAAAAUCUAACAUGAAAAAAGUAUCUAAGAUGUUGAAAUGAUGGGUAAAUUUUUGUAUUGAUUUGCAAAAUGCAGAUUAUAUUUGAUAGGCCAUGGUAUGUAGGUAUUCCUUUUAGGAAUAUUACAGCUGUAAAUUAUAUGAGAAUUGCCAGUCAAAUGAUACUUGGUUAAAAAAUUAUUGAAAUUUCAAGUGAAUAGGUAUUUUUUUAAAGCCCACAUUCAAAGUUUAAAACACUGGUUUUCAAUGUGUUUUUUAGUGUUGUCACUUCUUUAUAGAUAAAUAUAAUAUAACCUGUUUGGGUCCUGGUCAUUUUUAACUGUUCAUUGGUAAUUCUGAACAUUUAUUUGGUGAUUAAUAUUUUUCACUACCUUUGCAAAACAGAUGAACAUUACCUACUCAACAUGAAUGAGUCUACACUUAAUGGUCAUGAGUUGUGUAAACUUCCUAACAUUGUAAGUUUUCACUGUCAGCACCCUUAGGAUAUGAACUUACACUUUCAGGUGGGUUUCACAUAUUAAUCCACUGUUAUCACAACAAGUGAACUUUUCAAAACCUAUGUAGAAACCAUGUAAUUUUUCAAAUGUGAAUGAAUAGUUUAUCCACACUUAAUUUGUUGGUCUUAUGUAAAACCUUGCCUUGAAAUAAAGUGAUACUGAUUGAUUUA